UCAAAUCACGCAUCUCUUGCCCUUCCAGUCUCACCUUCCCCAAAAGCACAAAAUAUCAGGCCACCACAACAGUCUCACGCCAAGAAUUACAGAGACCUACCUCUCUCUCUCUCUCUCUCUCUCCCUCCUCUGUUCUGAUCACCAUUUUCUCUCUCCUAGGGUUUAAAUUCAGCUCUGCUUCCAUCUUGAACCUCUGUAAACCUCUAUUCGUCCAGCUCCAAUGUCUUUAGAUUCGCCACCCCGCUACGGCACACUCCCAUCCGCCUCCUUCACCACCGCCACGCCCGAACCAUACUCACGCGCCAGGGCCACGACCCAGUCCUUCUUCGCCACGCGCCGCCCAUGGCUCGAGCUCGUUCAGCCCUUCUCUAGCUUCACGCGCCCCUACACCUUCGGCGAAGCCACCGUCCGAAUCAAGCGCAACCUCGGCCACUUCCGCGUGAACUACACUAUGCUUGUCCUCUUCGUCCUCUUCCUCAGCCUCCUCUGGCACCCCUUCUCCCUCAUCGUCUUCCUCCUCGUCUUCGUCGCCUGGUUCUUCCUCUACUUCUUCCGCGACGAACCGCUCGUAAUUUUCCACCGAAUCGUCGACGACCGCGUCGUUUUGGGGAUUCUCGCCGUCAUCACCAUCGUGGCUCUGGUCUUAACGCACGUGUGGCUGAACGUGCUGGUAUCGGUUCUGAUUGGGCUCGCGAUUGUUGGGUUGCACGCGGCGUUUAGGGGGACGGAUGAUUUGUAUGCCGACGAGCAGGAAGCUGCCGAAGGUGGGUUGCUUUCGGUUGUGGUGGGCAGUCCCAGGCGAACACGGUACACCCGCGUUUAGCUGAUUGCAAAAUACUGGGUGCCAUUGGAUCCUUGCUGGGUAGAAGAAAGUUUCUCUCUUUUUGGCAUUGUAAGCUCACUUUAGAUCUGCUUUUAGACUUCUAUAGGACCCGCAUCGUCGAAGUUGAAGGCCGGAGAGGGAGCUAAGCAUGUGCUUCUGGUAUGGCCCGGCAUACCAUCCUUCACAACUCCGUUGAUUUGUGAUGAUACAGUAGAGAUGCAAUGCUUUAAUUUGGGCCACGUGACGAUAAAAGUUAUCGAAUUGGUUAUUCGAAAAGGGAAGGCAAGAAGAUGUGUGCAAAGUGUAUGGCUUUUAACACAAUUAUUUUGUGAAGAUGUUUGAAGGGUAGCUGGUUUUCCAUUUGGGAGAGGAGUAUAGAUUCAAUAAUGUAUUAGCUUACUUUUGUUCCACAUUAUUCAGGAAUAUUUUUGUAGGGUAAGAUUAAGCAACUUGGCAUUCAUUAAUUAUGUAUUGGAAGCCUGUUUACUACAGUGUUAUAUGCUAAUGCUGUUUUAUUAUAUGAUAAUGGUAUUUCUGCUUAAA